ACAGAGAAACCAUUUGGCUGUAGAGUUUGUAAUAAGAGGGUUUUACGACAAGGAAAUCUAAAGUCUCACAUGUAUACUCACACAGGAAUGAAACCAUUUAUUUGUGGUUUUUGUAGUAAAAGUUUUACCCAUUCAGGUAGUCUUAAGAGUCACAUGUAUAUUCACACAGGAGAAAAACCUUUUAUUUGUCGGGUUUGUGGUAAAACAUUUCCACGACAAAAGAAUCUAAAAAGACACAUGUAUGUUCAUACAGGAGAGAAACCGUUUGUUUGUGGAGUGUGCAGUAAAAGAUUUCCACGACCAGAGAAUCUAAAGAGGCACAUGCGUGUUCAUACAGGAGAAAAACCGUUUAUUUGUGUUGUUUGUAGUCAAGGAUUUUCACAACAACAUAUUCUAAAAAGUCACAUGCAUAGUCACACAGGAGAGAAACCAUUUAUCUGUGGUGUUUGUUGUCAAGGAUUUUUACAAAAAAGAAACCUGCAGAGUCACAUGCGUGUUCAUACGGGAGAGAAACCAUUUACUUGUGAUGUUUGUCAUCAAGGAUUUUCUCGACAAGAUGCUCUAAAAAGUCACUUGCGUGUUCACACAGGAGAGAAACCAUUCGUUUGUGAUAUUUGUAGUCAAGCAUUUUCACGACAAGAUGGUCUGAAAAGUCACAUGCAUGGUCACACAGGAGAGAAACCGUUUACUUGUGGAGUUUGUAGUAAAGGGUUUUCCCAAAAGGGAAAUCUAAAUAGUCACAUGCGUGUUCACACCAGAGAAAAACCUUUUGCUUGUGUUGUUUGUUGUAAAGCAUUUUCACAUUCAGUUAGUUUAAAGAGACACAUGGGUUUGCACACAAGAGAAACUAUAUGUUUGUAGCAGUAGAGGGGAAGCCUUUUCAAGCUGCGACAAUUUAUAAAAAGGGUGGAUGGUCACAGUGUGUGUUUGAAGCACCAGGGUCUGUUCAGAUUCAAAGAGUCCUUCAUAUGCAGCCAAUAAAUUUAGCCUUUUUGCCCAGUUGGAAGGCCAGGCACGCUGUAUACUUCGUAGUUCAGGGUAUCCGGUUACUCAUUGCGAGUCCAAGCGAGCCAGCUGUUCCAUGCUCAGAGAAAAAAAGGGAAUUGCCGAAAAACGGUGGUGAAUAUUGUAAGUAAGGCUGCAAAUAACGAUUAUUUUUGCAAAUGGGUAAAUCUGUAAAUAAUUUUUUCGAUUAAUUUUUGGAUAGCAGAAGGUUCCUAUUAGAAGGCUUUUUGAGAAAUUAAACCCGGUGAAACG